AAUAUCGCAGAGAAAAAGAAAGAAAGAAAGGAAGAAAAUGAAAGCUUGCUGCUGAGGAAAGAAGCAAAUCUAACAUAUCUAAAAAACCAAUCAACAACGUCACCAACAACAAAAAAAAAAAAAAAAGGAAUUCAUUUUCUCGGAGGAGAGAGAAAGUGCUAGAAAAUUUUCCACUUUUAUUUUCUUUCUCAUUUUCUCGCUCAAGUGGUAGUUGGAACUGACCGAUCUCUCUCUAGUGGGAUCCGUACUCUCAGACAGAGCAGUAAAUGCGUUUGGAUCCAAGUGUCCGAUACGGCUAUUCCUCGCAUUGGUUUUUUUUUCUGGAUUCUUCGAGUUUUUGAGAUCGCAUUUCAACGCAGUUUCUAGCUGUCUUUGAAGAAAUUUUGACUUGGAGUUUUUGAGGAGGAGAAAGAAAAACGCUUUGUUGUGAGCUGAGAUGGAUAGAAUGUGGUAUUGGUUUUGGUACAACUGUUGUUUGAUUUUUGGGCGUGUGGAGAGGUUGUUGUGGUGGUGACAAUUUCGAGAAGUGUAGUUUAGGUGUCCAAGAUGCCUCCGUCUCCGGCAUUGAGAUACUCUCCCGGGAGAGAGAUGAGAGCUAGCAAUCACAAGCGAGGGCGGAGUUUGGAGAGCGGAUUGUUGUUCAAGGAGAAAGACGAUGAUCUUGCUUUGUUCAACGAAAUGCAGACCAAAGAAAAAGAGAGUUUCUUGCUUCAAUCCACCGAUGACAUGGAAGACACACUUUCUACAAAGUUAAGACAAUUUGCAGAUUUUAAGCUUGGAAUAACCAUUCCUGUUCGAGGAGAGAGUAGUGACCUGCUUAAUGCGGAGGAGGAGAAGAAUGACUACGAUUGGUUAUUAACUCCUCCUGAUACCCCAUUGUUUCCUUCAUUGGACGAUGAGCCACAAGCAGUUACUACUGCACCCAGGGGCCGACCUCGGAGUCAACCUAUUUCGAUAUCAAGAUCUUCCACGAUGGAGAAGAGUUACAGAAGUAGAAGGGGUAGUCCCAGUCCAAAUCGCUUAAGCCCAUCUCCUCGGUCUGGGAAUAGCACCUUCCAGUCGAGGGGAAGGACAUCAUCAACACCCCAUUCCAGUCCACCUCCAGGUGCACGGAAUGCUACUCCAUCACGGAGACCAUCUACUCCUCCAAGUAAACCCUCAACACCUGCUCCAAGGUCUUCUACUCCGACUCCCCGAAGGAUGAGCACUGGGUCCAGUGGUGCCAUAGCCUCACCAGGGAUUAGGGGAACUUCCCCUAUAAAGACAAGUCGGGGGAACUCUGCUUCACCAAAAAUAAGGGCAUGGCAAACAAAUAUUCCAGGUUUCUCCUCUGAUGCACCUCCCAAUCUUCGUACUUCUCUGGCUGAUCGACCAGCAUCGUAUGUGAGGGGUUCCUCACCAGCAUCCAGAAAUGGUAGGGAAUCUACCUCAAAAUUCAACAGGCAGUCAAUGUCUCCAACAGCUCCUAGAAGCAUCAGUUCAUCUCAUAGUCAUGACCGAGACAGAUUUAGCUCUCACAGCAAAGGUUCUGUGGCAUCAUCUGGUGAUGAUGAUGUAGACUCUCUACAAUCCCUUCCUGUGGGUAGUUUGGACCGAGCAACUUCAAGGAGAGUCAGUGCAUUAUCAAAUAACCGGACUUUGGCCUUUUCAAAGAAACCAGCUAGAAUAGUGUCCUCAACAUCUGCCCCAAAAAAAUCAUUUGACUCUUCCUUUCGACAGAUGGAUAAUAGGAAAAGUCCUCAAAAUAUGUUCAGGCCACUCCUAUCUAGUGUCCCCAGUACCACCUUUUAUGUUGGAAAAGCAAGUUCUACACAUCGUUCUCUGAUAUCUAGGAAUUCCUCUGUUACAACAAGCAGCAAUGCAAGUUCUGAUCAAGGUACAAAUGCUGCACUUGAUACUGAAGGUAGUGACCACAACCAGGAUGAUGCGGCAAGUGAAAGUGGGAAAGUUGCAUAUCCUGAUGUUCAUGAAGAAGUGUUUGCCUUUGAUAAGAUGGAUGUAGUAAAUAAGGAUGUUGGGCAUGAAAUGCAUAAUGUUCCACUUCACCUACAGCACGGUGGCUUUGAUAAAGGCCCUGCAGUUGAGUAUGAUCAUGCUGAAAACUCUAUUCACCAUGGUGUUGCGAUGGAAAUCCUUGCAACUUCCGAAGUUUCUCAAGUCAAGGCUGAAUCUUCGGAUGUUUUUAUUCUUGAAAAUAUGGAACUUUGUUUAAAGUGUGGUUCUAGAUAUGUUGCUGAUGAAGUGGAAGCAGACGUUAAACUUUGUCCAGAAUGCUGUAGGAAAGACAAACUUUUGAGUGUCAUAAUUCCAGAUACAACAAUUACUGUUGCUGAAAACUCCUCAGUGAUGUCCAUGACAUUUUCUGAAGAAGAAAAACCUUCUGUUGAGAUGGAGCCCCUGAUGGUUGUACCUGAAUUUCCACACAUCACUUCUGUGGGUGAACCAAAGGUUUCCCAGGGUGAAGAGAAUGUUGAGCAAGGCCAGACUUUCUGGAGUGAACAAAACCAGAAUUACUCACAAGAAUCUGCAAGGUCGUUGGUAGAGGAAGUUGAGCAUAGACAUUCCAAUCAGCAAGAGAUGGGCCAAUCAAUUGUUGGUUACAGCAUGACUGAUGAUGGCACUGGAGGUCAGCAAUUGCAUCACUUUAAUGACCAUCCAAAUUUGAAGGUUGACUUUUCAGAAGGUACAGGCAUCUCCAUACUGCUGAAGAGGUCAAGCAGUAGCAAAGGGCCUGUUAUUCGGGGAAGGACAUUUACUGCUUCUACGAUACCUUAUGAUGAUUUGUCUUAUGCAAGAGACAGUGCAAACAGUAUGAGAAGCUCCAUUGGGCAUAGCAGUUUCUCAGCAUCAUCCUCUAUUGAUUUCAGCUCUUCUAGACAAACGGAGACUCGUGUACAACGGCAAUUAAGUAGCAGGAAAUCGGACAUGGAGAACUACAGAUUUGACAUUAGCACCAAACCUCAAAGCACUGGGUCGUCUUUUUCUGGAUUUUCAAACCAUGUUCGCCAAGGGUCAGGUCUUGCAUCGAGCACACUUACAGAAGAGAACUUUGAGGUUUCUGCUGGCAAUGUGGAACAUGAUGUGGAAAUACAUACUGCUUCUGAAGAACAAGUGCUAAUGUCAGAAUAUACAGAAGCAGAUGUUACUUGUACAUCUUUAACCAGGACUGCUGCUGUUCAGAAUGAUAAUUUUGAAUGUAAUGGUGGUAGUAGAACCAUUGAUGCUUUCACCUCGGAAUUGUUGAGUCGUGUAGUCAGUGUUCAGCUAGAGGACGGUUCAGUAGCAUCACUUCCAAAUUAUGAAGAUCGUGCUGUUUAUGAAAAUGGUGAAAACUUCCCAGACAAUGCUCGUGUCAUGGAUAUGGAAGCAUCUAUUAGAACUUCAAAGUCCUCUUUUGGUGAGGAGCUUACCAUGCUGAAUAACAGUAUUGAUGGAGUGGAUGUCCUACAGAUUCCUUCUCACAUUUCUUUGGUUACUAUGCCAGAAUUAGAAACUGAAAAAUGCUGUCAGAGCACCCCUGGUUCACAGAUUGAUGAUGCUUCUCAGAUAUCAAAGAGCACCAAGGGUGAAUUGCAGGACUGUUCGGUUCCAAGCUCUUCACAGGGGGAUUUGAUUGCUCCUGUUUCAGAGCACAACACCUCCGAUCAUGCAGAUGGCAUCAUUGAGGAAUCAAAAGUAAUGGUAGAGUGUCAGGGUGGAAGUAAAGCAAGAAGUCUAACACUUGAUGAGGCGACGGAUACAAUACUUUUCUGCAGCUCCAUCGUUCAUGAUCUGGCUUGCCAAGCUGCAGCCAUAGCGAUGGAGAAGGAAAGUUCGGUCCCGUUGGAAGGUUCCCGGCCAACAGUUACAAUAUUGGGAAAAUCAAUUUCUGAUAGAAAGGUUCCACGGGGCAGGACUGCUACCAAACGUACUUCAAGAGCCCAAAAGGCCAGGCAAAGACAGGUGGAAACAGAUGCGAAAAUUCCUUCUAAUGAGACUGAGAAUGAUGAGAAUGUGGAUGAAUCUUUGCCCCGCAUUGUUGGGCUUCCUAACAAGGUGGACAGCAUGAAGCCUCCUCCUCCUCCAAAGCUGGAAUCCAAGUGCAACUGCACAAUAAUGUGAAAGUAUUUUUUAUUCAGAUGGUGCUUAUGGUGCCCCCCACCAUGCUACUCCCUUGUAUUUUAAUGGUUUAUGUUUGAAGGGCUGUUUGAAUUACUGCCAAUUGGUUUCUGAUGAUCCAAUUAAUUUGUAAGAAAUGCCAUGUUGUUUUGGUGCCGUAAUUGUAAAGUUUUGUUGUCGUUAGGCUGAUAUUUAGUGAGAGGCACUGGAGGUUUGUGUUCGCUCCAGCAGCCACAUUCUUGUUCUAUUUGGUUCCAGUCCUCCAUAAGAGAUGUGAACGAAAUGAGAAAUCCCACUCAUUCUUAUUCA